GUUGACGUAAAAUGCAAGCACUGGUGCAUGAUAAUGUUCAGGCAGCUCAAGAUCGCGACAGCCGCUUAUGGCCUUUCGGAUAGUUACUGGUUACCACAAUCGCUCAUGGCACGCACACUUUGAGAGAACAAUGACCUAUUAGCGCUUCAUAUUUACUGGCAAUAAACUAUGGAGUCUGACGUUUCGGGCCUUGGUUCACGAGUGGUCCUUAAGACGGUCAGCCGAAUGCCAAGGACAUUCGUCAACCAUCUUUACGCUGUAGACUGGGCUAUUGGAGGAUGGGUCAGCUUGGGGACAAUAUCAUAUGCAGCAUGUGCGGCGUACCUUUACAAGCAGCCAGGAACUGCGGAGCCAAGCGAGGCGCCUCCUGAACAGGUUACUGCUGUCUACGCCAUGUGCACGGCCGCCUUCGGAGCCGUGUUGCUAUUGAACCUGAUGAAUCUGGGGGUACGACAGCACCUCCUGCCCUUCAAGUGUAACCUGCUCCUCCUCUUCAUCAACAGCAUCGCCUUUGUCACCGACCUGCUGCUCUGGCUGGGUGCCACUCGUCUGGCCUCCUCCUCCGCGGGUGGGGGGCGGGUGUUCGCGCCGCUGCGCUACCUUCAGUGGUGUCACUCCACCCCCACCAUGAUAUACAUGCUGGGACUGCUGGCGGAGUGCAGCGGGAGGCAGCUGGUGGUGCCACUGCUGAGCGACCUGCUCAUGGUGCUCACCGGCCUGGCUGCAUGCUACACGCGGGGGCCGCUCAAGGCAGCAGCCACACUCGCCUCCUUCGGCACCUUCGCGGUCGUACUGCACUACGUGUACGGCAUGUUCCAAAAAACCAUCUCCAGCGAUGACUUCCCACGCGAGCAGCGCACCACCCUCCGCACCGUUCUCGCCCUGCUGCUCGCCCUCUGGAGCGCCUUCCCCCUCGUCUGGCUGGCCUCAGAAGCCCAGCUGCUCUCCCCGCUGGGGGAAGCCGUGUGCUGGGCGGUGUGCGACUACCUGGCCAAAGCCGUGUUCAGCAGCCAGCUCUGGCAGAGCAACUUGGCGGGGGUGCAGCUGCGGAGGGAUGCGGCGCUGGAGGCGUGGGAGGCGAGCAACCGGCGGGAGGCGGUGGCGCGGCUGACGGCGCUGGUGGCGCAGCGGGACGAGCUGUUGAGCACUCUGAGCCAUGAGCUGAGGACGCCGCUGGCGGGGAUUGUGGCCCUGACCGGCUCCCUGUCUCAAGAGGUGUCCUCGCUGCUCCCCGCCGCCGGCCGCACCCUAGCCGCCCUGCGAGCCACCGCCACUUGCAUGCUCCACAUCGUCACAGCCACCCUGGACAGCUUCGCGCCCGGCGCCUCCUCCUCCUCCGCAUCCUGCUCGGGGACGGGACCGGGUCUGGGCUUGGGCCGGAAGAGCGGCCGUAGCAGCAGGGAGUACGACAAUUUUGAUGUGAACGACCCCAUGGGUGCUUCCCGUGCGGGCAGCAUUACCCCCUCAACACCCACCGCAGCAGCAGCAGCAGCAGCAGCAGCCCCGUUGCUGGGAGUAGCAGCAGUCAGGAAUGCUGGGAGUGGCGGCGCUGUUGCCGCCGCGGCUGCCUCCCCCACCGCGCCGUUGGGCUGUGUGGAUCUGGGCCCGCUUGUUGAGACGGUGACGAGUGUGCUGCAGCCGCUGGCGCACGACGGGGUGGCGGUGGUGAGCGAGCUGCCGGAGCAGCUGCCGAGGGUGCGGGGGGACGCCACAAGGCUGAGCCAGGUGUUGUACAACCUGGUGGGGAACGCCAUGCGCUUUACCUCCCAGGGUGAGGUGCGGGUGGUGGUGCGGGUGCUGCCGCCGGAGGGGACUGCGGCUGCUACUGCUGCUGUUUCUCCUGCAGCGGGGACGCCCAACGGGGCCACAGGCCACGUGGCAGCCCGAGGGGCACCCAACGGACCCUCCUCGUCCUCUCCACCACCACCAUUGAUGGCAGGAGAUCCGGCUUUGGCAGCGGCAACGACAGCCGCCCCUUCCUCCUCCUCUCCCUCCUCCUCCUCCUCCUCCUGCUGCUGCUGUUGGCCCCCGGGUACUCAGGUGGAGGUGGCGGUGGAGGACACGGGUAUCGGCAUCCCGCAGGACCUCCUGGACGACAUGUUCCUGCCCUACCGCACCGCCCGAAACAGCCCCACCUCUGCUGCCUCCUCCUCCACCUCCGCUGCCUCCUCCUCCGCCGCCGCUGCAGCCUCACGUCACCUGGCGGGUGCAGCAGCCUCCUCCGCCUCCGGCGGCGGUCCCUCCCGGGCUUCCAUGGGAGGUACGGGGCUGGGGCUGUACCUGGUGCGGCUGGCGCUGCGGGCGCAGGGCUCGGAUGUGACGGCGGAGUCGGCGCCUGGAGUGGGCUCGGUGUUUCGGUUCAGGUUGGCCGCCGUUGUGCAGGAUGAGGAUGAGGAGCAGGAGGGGCAGAAGAAGGUGGAGGGGGUGCAGGAGGGACAGAAGCGGGAUGGGGGCGCCGCGGCGGCGGUCAGUAUUGCAGCCACAGCAGAGCCCACCCUGGCCGGAAGCAACAGAUCAAGCAUGCAACAGCAGCAGCAGCAGUCAGUGAGGGCCCCCACGGGUGCUCCAUGCAACGGAGGAGGAGGAGCCGCCCCAACAGCAACACCACCACCAGCAGCACCGUCUUCAGCAACGGAUGUCAGUCCAAGCACCUCUCAAGUAUCGUCGGCACCAGCAGCAACGACCGGGUCAUUAAAAAAUGCUCCCCCAACCUCCCCUCUCACCUCCUCAAGCCCAGCCUCAACUCCAGCCGCCCUCAGCGCCGGCAACUCCACCUGCUCGCGUAGCACAGCUCAGUCCUCGCUCGGCAGUACGGGUACGGCCACCGCCUCCGCCUCCGCCGCUGCUAAACAGGCUGAGAAGAAGGGCGGGGCAGUGGCCGCAACAACCGCCAGUGGGCCCUCGCCUGGUAGUGGAGCUAUUGCAACCCCCCAAGCGGCAGCGGGGCUGCAGGAGCGGCUGCUUGCUGGUCUGGGCUCGGUGCAGCCGGGCAUCUUGAGUGCGCAGAACUACCGACACCGUAACAACGGCACGCUGCAGGUUCUGUCCGUGGACGACGACCCAAUCAAUCAGCUGGUAGCCGGCCAGAUGCUGGCCAGCCAGUCAUGGAAGGUGGUCAAGGCAAUGAACGGACCCGAGGCACUCACCCGACUGCACCUGCCGCACCUGGCUCACCUGCCUCCAUCCAACACACCCUCCGGAGACGUCACCGCCGCCGCCACCGCCACCGCUGCUGCUGCUGCUGCCGUGUCCUCUAAGCCUCCCUCAUCCGCCGCCGCCACAUCAGCAACCCUCCCUGCCGCAUCGGCAUCCUCCACGUCAGGGAUCAAUGUGGCAGCUAUCUCCGCGGCAUGCGUUGAGACCUCCGCCGCAGCGUUGUCAGCGGUGGUAGCCUCGGCCGGGCUGCCGCUGGUGCUGCCGGAGGGCUGCCUGCUGCCUGAUUGCGUGCUACUAGACGUGAUGAUGCCUGGAAUGAGUGGGUUUGAUGUGUGUCGGCGGUUACGACAGUGCUACAGCCCCGCCGUACUGCCGGUUAUAAUCGUAUCCGCCAAGGGUGAUAGCGCGGCGGUGGAGGAGGCGUUUGAUGCGGGUGCGGAUGACUACAUGACCAAGCCCUACAAGCGAAGUGAGAUGGUCGCGAGGAUUAGGGCGCAGAUACGCAUUCGGGAUAGCUUGGCGGCUGCUGCGGCAGCUGCUGCGGCGAGUGCUGCUGCUGCUGCUGCUGCGGCGGCGGCGGCAAUGCCGGUGCAGCGUGUUGAUAACGACGGUACGGCACCACUGGCGGGUGAGUCUGGUGCCGCGGCGCCGUCGCCGUCGGCGCUUGGAAGAUCGACAACAGCACUGUCGUGUUCCGCGAAUGCUGGACCAGCGGCACCGCAGACAACAGACCAGCCUCCUGAGGCUCCCAGCGGCCUUACCACCAGCGGCGGCGUUGGCGGGGCUGAUGGCAACGGCGGCGGUUCAACUCCUGAGCGCCACCCUUGCAGUGUUUGCAACGGCAGCGGCGCCAUCUCGCACCACUGCGACGGCGACGCUGCUGCUGCCGCCGCCGCUUCGUCUUCAGAGCCUCCAGAACGCGGCCUCAAGAACCCCGAGCAGCGGAUGGAUGGCCUGACGUCGGCGACAGCAGCAGCAGCAAAGUCUAAUAGCUUUGGGGCGCCGUCGUCGGGGCCGCAUGCAGCAGCGCGGCCGCGUACAGGUUACGGCACGCAAUCGGCUCGCGAGGAGCCCUGCGGGACACGGGGCGGGACUGGACUGGGUUUGAACAACGCUGCAGAGCCGACGGGUGGGGUGUCGGCGAGCGCUAGCGGCAGUCUCUCUGCACCGCUGACGAGGUUGCGGGUGUCAGCCGUUGACGCCGCUGCUAUCACCGCUACUGCGGUUCCGUGCAGCGGCUGCGGUGGUGGCGGCGGUAGCAACAGUCAGAGAUGUAGCCAUGAAGAUGUCAGCAUGAUGUCUCUCAUGCGGGAGAUCUUGGCAGAGGUACGACGCAGCCGCCUGCUGGAGGCUGACGUGGCAAAGCUGACGUCACGCGUCGGCGCGCUACAGGCCGCAUGCGGCACGCUAGCAGCGGACCGAGACGGCUGGCGGCGGCAGGCUCGGGAUCUGCGGGCUUUGCUGGCGGCGGGGGUCAACGGUGGCGCAGCGGGGCCGGCGGCGGUGGCGGCGGCCGCGGCGUUGCUGACGAGCCCUUCGCCGCCGCCCACUCAUGCUGGCGUCAGGAUGAAUGGUGGAUUAUGUGUGGGAGGCGGAGGCGGUGGAAUGGCGCUUGCUGAUAUGCUUGUGUCUACACAUGCGAGCAUGUCGAGUGCUGACUGCCUAGCGACAGGCGGUGGCGGCGGAGGUGGCGGUGCUGGCGGAGGUGGCGGUGCUGGCGGAGGUGGCGGAAGCAGCAGCGCAGGCGGCGGGAGUUUGGGGAUGCAGCUCGAGGAUCUGCGGCGUGAGACGGCGCACCUACGAAAGCAGCUGAGCUGUGCAAUUGCAACUGCCCAAAGCAAGGGAUGUGACGCCGUGACGGGCAAUACCAGCAACAACAGCAACGGCAGCAACCGCAGCAGCAGCGUCGCGGGUGACAGCGAUGCGCGGGAGCGGCCGCGGGUGCUGGCCGCCGUCAGGCCGGGCUCUCCGCUGGCCGGCGUCGGCGGCAGUGUCGGCGGCGAGGACACACCCUCCUCUGCAACGCAGGACAUGCUUCUAAUGGACGCGAGCUGCUUCUCAGCUGGCAGUUCCCAACCACAAAGACUGCUUAGCGCUAUCGACGGAGGCGGUGGCGGCGCCAGCGGCGCCACGCCGGCGACGGCGGCAUCUACGACCGAUCAGGUGCCGCUAGCAACCCCGCCGUCCCUGUCGGUAUCUGAAGCCCCCAAUGAGGCGUCUCAGUCGUCUCAGCGCUCACAGACCAGAGCGCACCCCGACACCACUACUGACGCUGCUAUCUCAGCUGGUUCCGCGGCGGCUGCGGGUGCCCAGGCACUUACCGCGGCCGCCGCUUCGCCGCCUCGCAUUGUCUUUAACAGCAGCAACAGCGGCAACGAAAACCGCAGCCCCAGCCCCAGCACAACAGCCACCACCAAUGGUACAUCUGCUGCUGCUGUUGCCGUUGCACCGGCCGGGAUGGUCCCGUUCCCAACAGAGGACCGGUCAGGCAGCCCACUGCAAGGACAGGAGCCGUCACUCCGACUCUCCAACUGUGACGUCACCGUCGCUUUCAUCCCACAGAUCGCCUCAGGGCCCCCACAUCCCGCCGCCACCGCGUCCGCCGCCAGCGCCAGGGCUCCAUCCACCUCCUCCGCCUCUCCAACUCCCUCGCCGCCGCCGCCUCCGACGCAUGCGGCGGGGGGGCUGAAGAGCCCGCGCUUCGGAUCUCGCUCCGGAGGCUCCGGGGGGCCGAGUGGCGGCAUCUUAAGGCUGCUGUGUAGCAAGGGUGCUGCGGUGCAAGAACCGGAGUCCUGCGCGGGAGGCAGGGAUACUUAAGGGGAGCUCGGAUGGCGGUGGCGGCGGGGGGCGGAGCGGAGGCGGGGGUUUGCAGCCCUGAUUGGUUGCAGCAGCAGCAGCAGUCUCGGGCGCUGCUGCCCACCGCCGCAGUCUUCUUAGCAAAGCUUGCUGGGUGAAAAGCAGGGCUGUUGGGUGAAGGGAAAGGGUUCAUGAGGGGUUGUGGGUGUGUGCAUGGAGAGUUGAGGUGCGGGUGGUGGAUGUCAGGAAGAGAGCCCUACGUAGACGGCAUGUGAUUAUUGUGGGAAGACUGGUAAUCGUUGUGUGGAGAAUGAGGAGGUAUGGUUGCUGGCAUGCUGAGAGACAGGGCUUGCGGGCGGUACGGUGCAGGUUCGGCACUCUGCAGGCCUCGGGUAGAGACGCGGUGUGUCGAUGUGUAGAGACGCGGCGUGGUUUAGGGACCGAUGCUUCAUUGCUGCGCACUAUUUGAAGCAGCUUGCAAUUCUUGAAUCCGGAUUCAAAUGGCAGGAGUGGCACGAAGUGGAAGGGCUAGAGGAUUCAUGUUUUUGUUUGGAUUUAGUUUCCUUUAAUAGGCGGUGUCUGCACGUCUGCAGGUCUAUUGGGGCCUCUGUGUACAGCAGCCCUUGCUAUGAACCUAAGCUGGGGUGAUUACAAGAUGCCGAACGUGUUUGAUUGUGUUAACUCUUGAGGAGAAAGUGGUAGAGGGAGCGGCAGAGAAAGCGAUAGACGUGCGACUCCUAUGGCGGUUAUGGGCUUGAGGCAUCUUGAGUGUAAGAGGGGAGAGCCGUGGUAGGAGCGUCGGA